AUGUAUAACUUUGGAUCUCUAAGAGUUGGAAACAAAAAGUUUGCUGAAGUUUAUAAUGAGCUUAAAAAGGUUAAAGAAGUUUCCAAUGAGUGGUCGCUAGUGAACAAGAAGAAGCCCAUUUGGAUGAGGAAGCCUGAAGAGAUCACAAAGGAAGAGUAUGCUACUUUCUACAAGAGUUUGACUAAUGACUGGGAGGAGCAUUUAUCUAUGAAGCACUUCUCUGUUGAGGGCCAGUUGGAGUUCAAGGCUAUCUUUUUUGUUCCAAAAAGCACUCCUUUUUACCUCUUUGAUACAAGGAAGAGGCCCAACAAUAUCAAGCUCUAUGUUUUUCGUGUGUUUAUUAUGGACAACUGUGAGGAGUUGAUGCCUGAAUAUUUGAGCUUUGUGAAGCGAAUUAUGGAUUCUGAGGACCUUCCUCUUAGUAUCUUUAGAGAGAUGUUGCAGAAGAACAAGAUCCUGAAGGUUAUUCACAAGAACUUGGUGAAGAAGUGUGUUGAGCUGUUCUUUGAAAUUGGUAAGAACAAAAAGGAUUAUAAUAAGUUUUAUGAGGCCUUCUUUAAGAACCUCAAGCUUGGAAUUCAUGAGGAUUCUCAGAACAGGUCUAAGUUUGCUAAACUGCUGCGGUACCACUCCACCAAGAGUGGUGAUGAGAUGACCAUCUUGAAGGACUAUGUAACCAGAAUGAAGGAGGCCCAACAUGAUAUUUACUACAUUACUGGUGAGAGCAAGAAGGCUGUUGAGAACUCCCCCUUCCUUGAGAAACUGAAAAAGAAGGGGUAUGAAGUGAUUUACAUGGUUGAUGCCAUUGAUGAGUAUUCAAUUGGUCAUUUGAAGGAAUUUGAGGGCAAAAAUCUUGUUACUGCUACCAUUUAA